AUGGCGGCAAGUUACUGGGACUCACAUUGCUCACGAAACCUAGUGUCCAAGGAACAGCUUGACUUCUCCCAUGCGGAGGAUAGACUCCUCGGGCUUACCCGAGAGCAUAUACAACAGCUUAAUGCGUACUUUUGCGCCAGCAUUGCGGAGCUCGCGAAACAUCUCAAGCUCCGGCAGAGGGUGGCGGCUUCGGCCAUGAUAUACUUCCGCCGCACGUACCUGUGCAACAACUUUUGUCGCAUGGACCCGCGGCUUGCCUAUGUAGCAUGCCUAUACUUGGCGUGCAAGGCGGAAGAAUCUUUGCUUGCCGCUAAACAUCUUGUAGUACACGCGAAAACGUUACGGCCGAAGUGGUCGUACGACGUCAAGGAUCUUUUAGACAUGGAGAUGGUCCUUCUGGAGGAUUUAGAUUUCAACCUGAUCGUCUUCAGCCCGUAUCGGGACCUGGCUGUCUUCCUAGCCGAUGCCGGCGUGGAUGUGGCCUGCGGCCAACGCGCCUGGGGUGCGCUUAACGACUCAUACCGGAGCGACGCAAACCUGCUGUACCCACCGCACAUUGUAGCCCUAGGUUGUCUCUGCCUGGCGGCCAGUGCUGGCGGUGUGGACCUCAGCACGUGGCUGCAACGACUCAACGUGGACCUGAACCAGGUUGCGGCAGUGGUCUCGGAGCUGUCCUCGCUGUACAUGCAACAUACGUACGUCAUCAGUACGGACGAGUGCCACCGGCUACUGGACCUGGUGUAUCAGCGCUGGGACUCAGCGGCGGCGGCCCCUGUUGGAGAGCGUGUGAGGCGAGGAUAA